AUGUUAGCUAUUUCCCAGGAGCAGUCAACAUACUGUGACAGCCUAGGUCGUUGCUUUUCAUCGUAUACCAACGAAGGCGGCAUUACUUUUGGUAUUGCUGUCCCUGAGGGUACCUCCGUGGGCCAGCCUUACGAUGCCAUCGUUCAAAUUACGGCUCCCAUCGCGGUGGGCUGGGCUGGACUGGCAUGGGGAGGAUCCAUGACCUACAAUCCUCUCACCAUUGUAUGGAUGAACGGGAACGAAGUCACCGUUUCUUCACGCAUGGCCUUUGGUUACUUCACGCCACCCCCGUACGAGGACGCCGAGUACACUGUCCUUCCAGGCACUGUUGUCAACAACACUCAUUACUCUGUCACCGCUCUUUGCAAAGGCUGCACUUACUUUGCGCCCUUCGGCAAUGAUCCAACUGCCCUGGAUCCCAACGGAGAAAAUUACCUUGCCUUUGCGUACUCGGGUGUUCCAGUCGACGACCCUUCAUCCAACGAGACCACUUUUGGGAUUCACGAGCGAACGGGACACUGGUAUCAUGACUUCAGGCCGGCGCAAGCUGCUGACUUCGACGAGUGGGCAAGCGGCAGCAGCGGGAGUGAGCCACCUGUUGGCACUACGACUGUGACGACUCUAGCGACAGCAACUUCAACCACCACGGUCCACAGUACAACCACCCUUCAGACUACAGUCACCAGAACCGGAGUCUCUCCCAGUAGUGCAGCAUCAGCUGUCUCAUCUUCUUCACGUGCCACGGUAACAUCGUCUAUCGUGUCCAGAGAGCCCGCGCUCCCUGUUCCCAAUUCUUGUGCCGGUGUGAGCGCCUUCAGGUUCGGGUUCCAGACCGCCAGCGGAUGGAGAGCUGUCAAGCUCGCCGGUUCUCUUUCUGGUCCUCGUGGCGUUGCGGUGGACUCACAGGGCAACCUUCUCGUGGUUCAAUCUGGAAGAGGUGUCACAGUUCAUACUUUCGGCAGUGACGGCUGCAUCUCGUCAUCCAAAACCUUGAUCAACAACCCGUCUCUCAAUCAUGGAAUCGGCUUCACGCCAGACGGGAAGACUCUCUAUGUCAGCUCCAUGACUACCGCCUGGUCGUUCACGUACGACGCCCAAUCGCAGACAGCAGGUGGGCAGACCGUGGUAGUAAAGGGCAUGCAGCAGGGCGGACACCCGACGAGGGCGCUUCUUAUCCCCCCGGCCACGCCACACUUGCUUGUAAUUCAGCAAGGCUCCUACAGCAAUUUCGACUAUGAAUCACUUAACAAAGGCGUUGCGCGGGCCGUUGUCAAGGUGUUUGACUUGCGCAGUGUACCCUCCGGAGGCUACACAUACAACACUCAGGGGUGGUUCCUUGGCUGGGGUCUCCGCAACGAGGUGGCCCUCGCCGCCGACGGAAACAACAUGAUCUGGGGUGUGGAAAACAGUGGAGAUGACUUCGCUCGCACAGUGAAUGGCAGGAGCUACGACAUUCACAAUGACAACCCUGCAGAGGAGCUGAACUUCCUUGGCGACCCUUCCAAGCCAAAUGAAGACUGGUACGGUUACCCAACCUGCUUCACUGUUUGGGAGCCCUCCGUUAUUACGGAUAAGUCAUUCAAGGUCGGCCAACAAUUUGUCGUUGCGCCGAACAGCACCUUCAACGAUGACACCUGCACGUCUCGUUCCAUCGCGCCUCGACUUUCGAUACAAGCCCACAGUGCGCCCAUUGGGUCCGUCUUUGACCAAACUUUCCAGAACCUAUACGUCACGCUACACGGGUCUUGGAAUAGGUCCCCUGCAACGGGAUUCAAGGUGUCUGUUGUCCCAUUCACAAAGCUCUCAAAUGGUCAAUAUGAUCCCGUAGCGGCUCCAGACUCAAAGAAUGGCUACAGUGAUAUCUUCUGGAGCACGAAUGUGGGCAGCUGUACUGGAGCGACGUGUUUUAGGCCGUCUGGUAUCACUUGGGACCGUGAGUUUUCGAGGUUGUUCGUUGCUAGCGAUAACACCCAAGAGGGGGAGCUGUUCAUGUUGGUUAAAUCAUAG